AUGGUGAAAUUGUGUGGUUGUCGACCUGAAGGCUACAGAAGCAAGUGAUAAAAGGGAUGAAUAGCAUCAGAAGCAAAUUUCUUUACAUCUGCAAGAGCAGCCCAUCAAAAUUUGCUUCGUAACAGUGGAAUUAUAGACCUUGAACUAGAGAUGAACCUCGAGAAUUAACUAUUUUGGGGCUUCAGUGCUCGAAGUUUAUUUUAAUUUACAAUGAUAUUUUUGUAAUAACACAUAUCUUGAUACUUCUCUGAACACUCUCUUCUCUUUCAGGAAACUGCAAAAUUUUAAUUAAUAUCCUGAAUCCGUAUUUUAGUCAAAUAAUGUCUUAUUUUGAUUUUUUUUUUCAAUUAUAAGCACAGGAUAAAGAAGGUAAGCCAGGCAAAGUAACAAUGUAAAAGUUAUCUUUAAUUUUUGCCAUUAAGUGCCAUGUUGUGAUUUGGCUCUAGCGCAUUGGAACGUAAACUACAAAUUUUAUCGAUUGAUUAAAGCUAAGCCUAACGGUAUCAGUGUUUGGUUGAUGUAGAUAAAAACUUAUACAGUAAAUUAUAUCGACGAAGAAUUCUGUGACUGCCAAGUUCCCUGCUCUCAUACUAAGUACACAACUGAGGUGUCGUAUUCCAAAUUUCCGGAUCAAGGCACCGCUGAAAUGAUGAUUGUGGAAGGCUAUUAUGAUUAUGUGCCGUACCAGAGGUAGAUAUUGUUAAAAACAAAACAAAACAAAAAAUGGAUCUAAGAUGGAACAAAGAACUUUGAAAUGAUAGUGACCAGCAAGUCAGUGUGUUAUUGGUUAUAGUUCUACAAAAUUCAAAAUCAAACUGUAUCAAUGAUUUGAUAUCGUGAUACACAUAUACUUCUGUAUGAAUUGUGCUUGGACAUGCGACGCGUCAGGAAACCAUUUUGAAUUUUCCCCUCAUCGAUUUAUUUAGUUCUAUAACGUGUUUGAAUUUUUAACAAAGAUAAACUUUUUUAGGUGAAAUUAGUAUCAAUAUGGGAUUUUUUCAGGCCUUAGUUUCCUGACCGUAUGCGAGGUCUCCUCGUCAGUUUGGUUAUUAAAAAAUAUUGUUUUAUUUUGAAAUUUUCUAAGAUCGAUUGAUUUGAAAGAUCGGAAUAAUUUGUUGAUAUGAUAUUUUUGACUCUUUUAACAGAGACAACCUCGUGUUUUUACAAGUUGGAUUCAAAUCACUGAGUUAUGAAAAGCAUGAACAAAAACCAGCUUAUGAUUGGAUCCCCAUGUUCGGUAAAAACGUAUUCUCCCUGUUGACGAAGUAAACACUAGUAAACACUAAUUAUCACGUAUUCUUUAGUAAAUGCCCAAGUCAUAUGUAAAAAAAUAUAUAUAUCUCCGCAAAUGGCCCCCUCUUUUUUGGCCACUUGUCUCUGUACUCAAGAUAACUGUUGUAAAGAGGUUUGUCCGCACAAUUAAAUGCUUUAUUAUUAUUUUUUUUUUUAGGUGAAAUCGGUGGUAAUAUGGGAUUAUUUCUGGGUUGUAGUUUGCUGACCAUAUGCCAUCUUCUCCUUAGUUUGGUUUUACGGAGAAAGAGACGCGCUCCACAUCCAGCGUAG